UUCUUCGUCGCUCUAUAUUCCCGUCCGUUGUUGACAGCUAACAGCUAACAGGAAGCUGCGCGUUUCUCUUCCAGCAAAGUAAACUAUUUAUUCUGUUUCCUCCUGAAACCAACCUGCUGCCUCUGUGGAGAGAAGACAGAAGACAGAAGACAGAAGACAGUGAUGGAGGAAUACAACGCCGGAGGAGAGGGCUCAUUCAACUCUGAAGAAGCUGACGUCAUUGUCAAAGAGUGUAUCGAGAGUGUCGUAGGUGCUGACGACUACAGCCAGAGUCAGGUGAACAAAUGGACCGCCAGCAUCGUGGAGCGCUGCCUCACACAGCUGGUCAAACAGGGGAAACCGUACAAGUACAUCGUGACGUGUGCUGUGAUGCAGAAAACAGGCGCCGGCCUCCACACGGCUAACUCCUGCUACUGGGACACGGCCAUGGACGGAAGCUCCACGGUGAGAUGGGAGAACCGCACCAUGUACUGUGUGGUCAGUGUGUUUGCUGUGGCCGUGGCAUAAGACACACAUGACCACCAGAUGAACAGCAGGGGGCAACAAAGUGCCAUAUGUCUGUGGUUACACCUGGGAGCUUGACCUUUAACCUCUAAAGGAAAAGCUGCAGACAAGAAAACAACUGUAUUUCAGCCUUCAGAUGCAUGCAAUCAUCUUCAUCAUCAUCGUCGUAAUGUAUUUUAUCUUCUCAUGUCACUGCAGUGCUCUUUAUUUAUCACUCGCUGAUGCCUGACAGCACACAGCAGCUGUUAUCCUUCUUCUUCUUCUUCUGUGGUGUCUGAUGUUUGUUACGUGUAUCAGGAGAACAGAGAGCGGGAGGGUUUUGUACUCGGAGCUGUUUGGCCUAACCCUCAACAUGAAGACAUUAAAGAGCAGUGUUCACUCAUUUAUCUUAAAUCAAUAAAGGUUUGAACAUUUCAAGAAAA